AUGAGCUUCGCGCAGCGCGAGGCCGAGGAGUCGGCAUGGUCGCUCCACGAGCGGCCGCUGAGCGCGCUGCGGCUGGCGGCGCGCUCGCUGUGCCGGGCGCUGACGCCGUUCCACUUCGAGGGUCCACUCGGCGGUCUCGCAGGUCGGUGGAUAGCGUCCGGGAGGGGGGGGGGGAGUCAGAAGAGCCGCAUGGUGCACUAUGCGGCGGAGGCAGUGAAGGACGACGGUAGCACGGUGUACAUGAAGGGCCUGCCGUACCAGGCGACGCAGGACGACAUCAUCAAGUUCUUCUCCGGCUUCCGGGUUGAGCCCGACACCCUUCUCCUCGGAAAGAACCGCCAGGGGCAGUUCUCGGGGUGCGCGUGGGUGAGCUUCGACUCCCCGGAGGAGGCAACGAGGGCCAUCAACAACCUCAGUGGCAAGUACCUCGGCAGCCGCUACGUCGAGAUCGACCGCUCCACGGUCGCCCCCGCCCGCCUGUGGGACCCGCGGGGCCCCCCUGACUACGUCGGCGAGUCACACCCCCGGUGGCAGCAGUACGCCGACAAACACCUCGGGACGGACGGGCGCAGGGGGGACGCGCGCAGGCAGGGGCACGCGAGGGCGUGGACGCAGCAACGCUCCCCGGCGCGCCGGCGGUCCAGCGGGCACCGGCGCGACGAGACCUAG